UCCGCGAUGGAGGUUCGGCGGCUUCCCCCAUCACCGCGCACCCAUCCGCGAGCGCGACCCGCGUUCACCGCCGGUCACGCGUGCCCCUCGUGAACCUCGCUCCACCCUCGCCUCCUCCUCCCCCCUCAGUGUUCACGCGUAAAACGAGGAGGGGAGGAGACAAGGGACACAACAACAUCGCCGUGGUGAACGCGUGGCGGGGAGGAGGGAAGGCCCCACGGGGUCGUCGUCGCCAAGAGAAGCCGCCGCCGCCGAAGGGCCGACGACUCGGGAGACCAUGACGACGAUGCUGCGUGCGGAGAUGCAGGCCGAGGAGCAGUUGCCGGCAUCGUGUGUCGCCAUGUGCCCUGAGAGUGAACGUGCCGAGCGUGAGCGCAAGCGCCGACUCCAUCGCCUCGAGCUGCUGCCGGGCUCCGAACGGGAGCGGCUGCCCAGGGCCGACCCGGCUCGUGCUGUCAAGGAGUACUCGCGCCCGGCCGCCGGCAAGCACCGGCCGAGGGCCUCGGAGCUGCGUCCCCCGGCCGUGCUGCUGCGCACCGUCGACUACCUCAUCGACGGCGUGCUGUGCCCGGCAGACGAGGCGUCGCCGCGCUCCACGCCGUUCGCCGAAGCCUACGACUUCACCUUCGACCGCCUGCGCGCCGUGCGCCAGGAUGCGGUGGUGCAGCGCGCCAGAGGGCCGCACAUCGUGCUCGUGCUGGAGAAGAGCGUGCGCGUGAUGGUCUACGCCAGCUACCGCCUCUGCGAGGAGACGCUCGCCCACUUUGAGCCCACCAUCACCGACUGCCACCUGCAGGAGUGCUUCAGCUGUCUGCUGCGGAACUACUCGUCCGAGCGCUGCCGCAACGAGGGCGACUUCCAAGCCCUGCACCUCCUCUACAACAUGGGUUCCUUCAAAGCAUUGCACUACGCAUUGCAGCGACCGCCAGAGAUCCGGAGCUCCCAGGUCAUGCGACUUGCCUUGGACAUAAAUCGCUGCUACCUCGAGGGGAACUUUGUGCGCUUCUUCAGACUGGUGCGGCGCCUCCCCUUCCUGCACAGCUGUGCCGCACACCGCCACUUCCGGCUCGUGCGGCAGCAGGCGCUGCGCACCUACUCGCACGGCCACAGCGUGCGCAACUGCCGCUACCCGCUGGCGCGUCUGUCGGAGCUGCUGGGUUUGGACAGCGCCGGCGAGGCGCGGAGCCUGUGCCAACACUGCGGCAUCUUGGUCGGCGAAGAUGGUUGCAUCGCCUUUCAGAAAACAGCCAUGAAAGUCUCUGUGGAUCUGCCAAAGUCGGCUCGGUGCAUCGCCCUGGUGGACAGCAAGCGUGAGGAGUGGACCCUGAGAGAGAUCCUCCAUGGCUCGCAGCACCAAGAGGGAGAUGCUGCCUAAUUGUUGUAUGCUCGAGUGUGUUAUUGGGAAUUAUUAGCAGUUUCCACAACGGAGAUGUCAAAUUUUUUAAGAUAUAUUUUAAAGUAUUUUUUUACAUCCGUUUCAAUAAAUGCGUAUUAUAAUUGUAAAAUGUGCAAGUCUACUUGUUUAAAAAAGUUAUUUCAUUUAUAGGCCUUUGUCAAUCUACUGUGUGGUAUGAAGGCCUCCCCACACCUGACCAUUCUUUACCAGGCUUGCAGUGCAGGUUCGUGGAAGGUGUGCCAAGAACCGGUUCAGUUAUCACUCACCACUGGGGAGGGACUGCAUCAUUGCUUCACCCGUUUUCGGAUUUAAAAAAAUUGUCAGUUUUCAAUCAAGUCAUAAAACUGACAAAUAUUUGCCCAUACCAAAUGGUGCACAUCUAAAACAGGACCCUGCGGGGUGGGCUGGUAGGAACGAAUAACCAAAGAAUAUAAACAUAAUGUAUUAUUACACUUGUUUAGCCAGGAAAGCCCCACUGAGUCUAAAGGUUUUUGUAUGGUCCUGCCAAGUGUUUGCAGUAGGGGGCGAUGUUGCUACACCGAAUCGGACGAUACGAAGGGAGAGAUUGAGGCCUAGUUCUAGGCUUUAGGCCUAGCUGUAGGCUUUAGGGCGCUGUGAGUUAAUUUUUAAUUUAAGUUUUAAUGAUUUAUGUAAAAGCUUUAAAGUUAAAUGUUUCUAUUUAAAAACAUGAGGGAAUGUAACAUUGUUAAACAUAACUCCCUUUCACACACGCGGGGGUACGAUACGAAGUGAGAGUUUCAGGCCUAGUUCUAGGCUUUAGGCCUAGCUGUAGGCUUUAGGGCGCUGCGAGUUUUUUUUAUUCAAUUUAAAAGUUAAUUAAAAGCUAUCUCAGGGAAUUAUUAGGGCGCUGUGAGUUUUUUAUUUAAUUUAAAAGUUAAUUAAAAGCUAUCUGAGGGAAUUAUAAGGGAAUGUUACACUUGUUUUAGCCAGGAUAGCGUCACUGAGUCAAGGUUUUUGUAGGGUCAUGCCAAGUGUUUGCAGUA